UUCUCUGUCAUGAAAGUACAGUAACAGGUUUUCUUAAAAGAAGAUCACAUUUUUAAGUUUAGUGUCUUGUCUGGUUUAAAAACAUAUUUUGCAUGUAGAAACAGGAAGAAAGGCUUGCUUAGAUGGACAAACAAUUUUGACAGGUAUUCAGAGAUAUAUUCAGCAAACUAAAAGAAAUUGGACAUGGUUAAUGUGUUAAAUACACGAUACAGGGGAAAAAAAGAUUAACUGUCGUAAGUACGCAAAGAAGUCCCAACAUUAAUGUCAUUAAACGCGUCUCCUUCCAGAACGGUAGGAGGCGCUAAUGCGUUGCUGCGUUGGUAAAAGUGAGAGAAGAAGAAGACAUCAGGCAAGGCACUUCCGGAUAACUUCCUGGUUGUCAUUUUUCGAAGUCUGAAUUUAAAUUACGAAGUGCUUUUUGAAAAAAACAAUGACAGCAGUUUCACCAUUAAUCGUUUAAAGCAAACAUGAGAUUACAGAAACGGACAAUUCAGCCAACGCUUCCCAGCUUGAAAACGUCAAACUAGCUGAUUUAGCUCCAAGUGCUGCCUGCUGAUCUGGUUUGCCCUGCUUGGCUGGUGAUGGAGAAGGUAAUAACAAAGCUAACAGAAAAACGUGUCCUUUUCACGGCUUCCUUCGUUAUACGACUGGCCUUGGUCGCUUAUGGAGACUACCAGGAUCGGACUAUGGUGGUGAAGUACACUGACAUUGACUACCAUGUGUUCACAGAUGCUGCAGCAUUCAUUACUGAGGGGCAGUCCCCGUACAACAGAUCAACAUACCGCUACACGCCUCUCCUCGCCCUGCUGCUCACCCCUAACAUCUACCUCAGCAUGGUGUUUGGAAAGAUCCUCUUCAUUGUAUGCGAUGUGCUCUCAGGUCUACUCAUCUACAACAUCCUUCUUCUCAGAGGUCUUGGCACUGAGACUGCACUUCGUGUCUGUUCUCUGUGGCUUCUCAACCCACUGCCCAUUGGGGUAUCCAGCCGAGGGAAUGCAGAGUCAAUCCUAGCUGCACUGGUGCUGGGGACCUUACUCUGUAUGGAAGCACGGCAUCUGAUGUGGGGAGCCAUACUCUAUGGUCUGUCAGUCCAUAUGAAGAUCUACCCGGUUACAUAUGCUCUUCCAAUCGCUCUGUCCCUGCGCACAACAGAGACCAGAUCUGAGGGGAAAAAAGGGAUGAAGAGCUUAAUGCGGUUUAUUGGGAGCUUCCUCAACCGGGAGCUAUUUCUCUUUGCAAGUGUAGCAGCAGGAGUUUUCUGUAUGCUGACAGCACUCUUCUAUUACAUGUAUGGAUGGGAGUUCCUUCAUGAGACCUACUUGUACCAUCUGACCAGAAGGGACAUCAGACACAACUUCUCUCCAUACUUCUAUAUGCUCUACCUCACCGCAGACUGUAGUUGGAGCCUGUGGCUGGGCCUGGCAGCAUUCCUGCCACAGCUCAUCCUGCUGCUGGUCGCAUCAUGGGCCUUUCACUCGGACCUGUCUUUCUGCUGUUUCCUGCACACUGCCAUCUUUGUCUCUUUCAACAAAGUUUGCACUUCACAGUACUUCCUCUGGUACCUUUGUCUACUCCCUCUGGUCAUCCCUCACCUGAGUCUGUCAAUGAAACAGGGAGUGGGACUGCUGCUCCUUUGGUUUGCUGGACAGGGUCUGUGGUUGGGCCCAGCCUACUUCCUGGAGUUUGAAGGCUACAACACAUUCCUGUGGAUCUGGCUUGCUGGAUUGCUCUUCUUGAUCAUCAACUCCUUCAUCUUGAUUCAGAUAGUUUCCCAUUAUAAACCAACACGAACCCCACAGCGACUGAAAGUUGAAUGAGGUUCAGAUACUGAAGACAAUGUUCCACGUUGUUAUAUGUUAACAAAUAAAGUGUAUAUUUUUUGUAUUA